GGUUCGAGAACAGAAAUUGGACGGACGACAAGAUCUACCUGUGCUUCGAUCAAGGGAAACGCACAGCGAAUGGGAGAACUUGUUCUUGCACAAGAAGCCGUUGGCGGUCAUAGGGAUAGCCGAUUGCAGCGCCGAGACGACUCCACGCGAUGAACAUGCUGUUCAUCUUGCGAGUGCAGUCGAUUACGUCGAAGAGCAAGAUUCAGGCUUACAACGGGCAACUUGGCGGGCGUGUACGUGCCUUUGGUUUGCCUGGGAUUCGAGCUUCGGCCGGACCAGAAGGACCGGACUUGAAGACGCUGAAGGUGAUUCCGGACCAGGAUUCCGAGCACUUCAACUUCUACCUGUCGCACAUUAUUUCCGAGGAGAUGGGCAAGAAUUGGAUAAACCAUUGGGAGCUGGCGGUGCAGUCGGACGUCGACUCGCUGGUCGACAAGAUUACAUCGGAGACGGGCAUGGAGGCGAGUUCAAGGAGUUUGAGGGCGUUUUUGAAGACGCCGCUGGACAACGAGGUGGAGUUUUUUUCGCGCCCCAGGCGUCGAAACCUCGUUGGCAGGAUUCGCAAGCAGCACGCGGACCUGUGCUUGAUGUCGGGGUCUCGCAUCGACGCGAUCGGGCUUUACGAGCUGUCGGGUCGAAAUCAGCAAGUCGUGCUCCGAGUGGGAGUGGGUUGGAGCUGGAUACGAGGGUUGGGCGUGCGCGAUUUUGUCCAAGCCAGGGUUUCUCGACGCCAAUACCAACACGCCUCCUCGAAGCUCCAGGACGCCGCGCGGGUACUACAGGAGGAAGGCAACGCCCGGGUGCUUGGAGCGGAGUGUCUUUUGAGGUUGGGUAGACUUUGUGUGAACUACGAUCGGCCGCGGGUGUACCAGACGCUGCAGAGGUGCCACGCGUUGAGCAAUGAAUUCGCGUACCGACGAGGAUCAAGGCGGGGCCGAGGGGUCGAGGGGGGCCGCUGGACGGCCGCCGAGUCGAGGUUUGCCGGUGGGCUGCUGGUACAAGUUGCAGGCGUCGUUUUUGAUGUUGGCCAUAGACCUGAGCAUGAAGAACAAGGACAGAGCGAAGUCCCUGCAGUUCUUGGCCUAUUUUUGAGGGAGGUGGCGCCACACGUCGCCGCGUGGCCGGAGGGCAGGGUGGGGAGGGCCGGGUGGGCUCAGAGGGUCGACUCGAUUUUGACGUCCGUCACGCUGAACAGCGCGCCCGUGGAGAGGCGUUGA